UUCCCCGCUAUCCGUAUAUCCCCUAACAAAUAAAUAACGAAAGCUAGGGUUUGUAUCAUCUCUUUUCCCCUUCGUCGCCGCCGCCGCUUUUUCUCUUCGAUCGCGAUUUCCAGGAGAGAGAUCUCGCCACUUUUGCCCUUCGAUCGCGCUCCUCGCCGAGCCCAGGAGAGAUAGAUCCGAGAAAGCAGCAUGGAUACUCAAGUGAAGCUCGCGGUCGUGGUGAAGGUCAUGGGCCGGACCGGGUCGAGAGGGCAGGUGACGCAGGUUCGAGUCAAGUUCUUAGACGACCAGAACCGGCUCAUCAUGAGGAACGUGAAGGGCCCGGUUAGGGAGGGCGAUAUCCUCACGCUGCUCGAGUCCGAGAGAGAGGCUAGGAGGUUGCGCUGAUUUCCGCGCUGGUGCGGCAAACCUUCCUUUAAAAUGCAGGAGCUUUAUUAGGGUUCUUUUUUUUUUUUUCGAGCGAUGAUCACCGAUCGGCGUGUCUUGAUGCCGUAGUAGCGGACGUUUUUAGGCUCUUCUUUUAUCCAUUGAUGUAUUGGCCACAUUUGUCUGAGAUCUGUUAAUCAAUUAUGAGUUUUGGGUAAUUUCAUAACUAUGAGAUUCUUGUUUCGUGUUUCUUGUUUUAGAGGAUAAUUUCGUAA